AUGCCGACAUGGCCAUGUUCAUCGUGCCCCAAGAGCUUCGGUCGUAAGGGCGAUCUUACUCGCCAUCAGCAGCUACAUACUGGAAUCAAGCCAUACGUCUGCGGGUCAUGUAAUAAAGGAUUUGCCCAGCGUUCGGGCCUCAACACCCACAUCAACACACACACCAAGGCCAAACCUUACGUGUGUGGUAUCGGUACUUGUGUGAAAGCGUUCAGUGAUCCCUCGUCUUGCACUCGCCAUCGAAAGGAAACUCACAGACGCGAGGGCGUGUACAAGUGCACUAUACCAGAAUGCGGCACAAGAAUUAAACGACGAUCUGCUUUUGUCGCGCAUAUGAAGAAGCAUGGAGUCAAUCCCUGCAAACUAGAUUUAGAUGCCAUUGCCUCGUCGGCAAAUAAAAACACUUCCCAACAAGCCAACUUCCAUUUUUUACCUCCCCAAGUAGCCGAUGCCCCUUACUGUCCCCCUUCAGAGACGUCACUUCCAGACGUUACUGAAGACAAUUUAGCACAUUGGGCUCCCCCUGCUCUGAUGCUGACGAACGACUAUCAGAUUACCGUUCCUGAAUAUGAUGGAGCCUCUGGCGUGGCUGACGGCAUGUAUGACUAUAGUUGGCCGUCUGAAUUUGGUACUGGACCAUCUAAUUCUUCGCUCAUGCCUCCACCAUCGGUAUCUACGUGUCCUCCUACGCAUGUUGACGAUUUCAUUUUCGACGCCGGAUACAACGGAUACUUACAACCUAAUGACACAUUCUCUAGGUUGCCUUCUCCAUAUGCAUCGGUGUCACCCUCUUUACCUCCUGUCCUUGACGGUUUCGUUGACUGCUUCGGGUCUCGCAUGCGGUCGAUGUCCUCUUCACCGGCCACGUCUUCUCACUCUGCACUGGAUGAUCAGUUAGAUUAUGCUCUCUUGAGCUGCAAUAUCCCCAAGCCAUACCUUUUGUUCAACACCGUUUAA